GGAGAGUACAGAGGCAAGGCCAGAUUUGAUCUUUUAAUCUUCGUUGGCCACAAUUAAAACAAACCAGAUCGUGGAGCGGCGCGAUCCCUUUGCAUAAAAACAUAUGGCUUUUGCUAUAAAAAUUAUGACUGCAAAACACCGGGCCAUUAAUAGCGUGCGGAGUGAUUUACGCGUUAUUGUUCUGCCGGGCGGACACGUGACGCGCGUGGCCAAUGGGGGCGCGGGCGCCGGCAACUUAUUAGGUGACUGUACUUCACCCCCCCUGGUGCCACCAAGUUGUUACAUGAAAUCUGCAGUUUCAUAAUUUCGGCGGGUCGGGCUGGGCCGGCCAGGCGCGGGCUACUGCGAUGGCCACCACCGGGGCCCUGGGCAACUACUAUGUGGACUCCUUCCUGCUGGGCGCCGACGCUGCGGAGGAGCUGGGCGCUGGACGCUAUGCUCCAGGGGCCCUAGGCCAACCCCCAAGGCAGGCAGCAACGCUGGCCGAACACCCCGACUUCAGCCCUUGCAGCUUCCAGUCCAAGGCGGCGGUGUUCGGUGCCUCGUGGAAUCCGGUGCACGCGGCGGGCGCCAAUGCGGUGCCUGCUGCGGUGUAUCACCACCACCACCACCCCUACGUGCACCCCCAGGCGCCCGUGGCGGCGGCGGCGCCGGACGGCAGGUACAUGCGCUCCUGGCUGGAGCCCACGCCCGGUGCGCUCUCCUUCGCGGGCUUGUCCUCCAGCCGGCCUUAUGGCAUUAAACCUGAACCGCUGUCGGCCAGAAGGGGUGACUGUCCCACGCUUGACACUCACACUUUGUCCCUGACUGACUAUGCUUGUGGUUCUCCUCCAGUUGAUAGAGAAAAACAACCCAGCGAAGGCGCCUUCUCCGAAAACAAUGCCGAGAAUGAGAGCGGCGGAGACAAGCCCCCCAUCGAUCCCAAUAACCCGGCCGCCAACUGGCUUCACGCUCGCUCCACACGAAAGAAGCGAUGCCCCUAUACAAAACACCAGACGCUGGAACUUGAGAAAGAGUUUCUGUUCAACAUGUACCUCACUCGGGACCGUAGGUACGAGGUGGCCCGGCUACUCAACCUCACCGAGAGGCAGGUCAAGAUCUGGUUCCAGAACCGCAGGAUGAAAAUGAAGAAGAUUAACAAGGACCGAGCAAAAGACGAGUGAGCCGUUUGGUGCUCAUUUGAAAAAGAGCAAUCUAGAAAGUAAUAGAAAGGACUGUCCAUCUCCUUCUCCCUCCUCUUCCCCUACUCCAGCUUCCACCACCCCCGCAAAGCGGCUCUAAACCCUAGGCCUCAUCUCU